AUGGCGCUUCUGGGUGUCUUUCGACGACGCCGCCAGGAAGGCCAGAUCCUGGACGCGAGUCAGGGAGACGCUGACUCGGCGGGACGCAUCGAAGAUCGUGCGGAGGAACCGUCGAUCAAGCCGGAGGUGAAUGACUCGCACACCGUCCUGCCGGACGCAGAGAAGGUGCAGGUGUCGGAGACGCUGGCCAUUGAAUAUGAGAGCGCCGAUGACCCCGAGAUUGCUGCGCUGCCCUUGCAGGUGCGACAGCUGAUCAAUUUGCACGAUGAUCCCACUCUGCCGACCAUCACGUUCCGCUACUUUCUUCUUUCGGUCAUCUUCGUUAUUCCCGGCGCUUUCCUGUCUCAGUUGAGUUACUUCCGAACGACCAGCGCCAAUUAUUCGGUCUUCUUUGUCCAGAUUGCCUGCCACUACUUUGGUCACUUUCUGGCACGAAGCUUGCCUGCUUGGGUUAUUCGGGUUCCGGGCACGAGUUGGUCGUUCAGCCUCAAUCCCGGACCAUGGAGCAUCAAGGAGCAUGUCCUGGUCACCGUGACCGCGGCUUCGGGCGCAACCUACAAUAUGGGCUACGCUCCCAUAGUCCUGGCGGAGCUGUGGUACGGCUCUGAUGCAGACGACCUUGUUCGAGACGUUCCGCAGAACAGAUACAUCGUCGCGCCUAGCCAGACGCCAGAUGAAGGUCUUUUUUUCGCGCUCCUCGGAAUGACCCUCUGGCAGUUCCUACCAGAGUAUGUAUUCCCAUUCACCUCGUCCUUGGCCUUUCUGUGCUGGGUUGCGCCGCGGAAUCCCGUGGCCAAUUUCAUUGGCUCAGGACUGGGAGGCAUGGGCUUCCUGAAUCUUUCUCUGGACUGGUCCAACAUCAACUGGAACGGAUCUUCGAUUAUGCUCACUCCCUGGUGGACGCAAGUUCUUCUCUUCCUCGCUUUUGCCUUCAACUGCUGGGUCCUCCUUCCUGCUGCGAAAUGGGGAAACCUUGGCUCUUAUAAGCACGGCCUCAUGUCCAACAGCCUAUUCAUGGCUAAUGGAACCAAAUACCCCACGGCGGAGGUUCUUACUCCAACCUAUCAUCUGAACGAGACUGCCUUCCAAGAGUACGGACCCAUGUACAUGGGCAUGCAGAAUGUGUGGGCGACAUUCUUCGACUACGCAAAGCUCCCGGCUGCAAUUACCUGGAUCGCCACAUUCGGCUUCACGCAAGUGCGAAGCAACCUAAAAAAGAUCUUCGACUCUCGCAAGAAAGCAGGAACGACGAAUGCGAAUACGCAAGGUCAGGGAAUCCACUACAAGUACAACGACCGACUCAACGUCAUCCAGCGACAGUACAAGGAAAUCCCAUCGUGGUGGUACAUCGCUCUCUUCCUCGCAGCAUUCGUCAUCCUUAUCACCAGCAUUGCAUGCGGAUACCUGUUCAUCCCGAUCUGGACCUUAUUCGUCGGACUAGCCAGCGCAGCCAUCUUCGUCAUCCCUUUCGCCUGGCUGUACGCCAUCUCGAACUACCAGCUUGAAACCGGUUCCUUCAACGAGUUGAUGUACGGAUACAUGGUGCACACCAAAGCCGGUCAAAAUCACCAGCAUCCUUGCGGUCCCUCAGUCUACGGAUCCAUUGCCGGCGACGCUUGGUACCGCGCACAGUACAUGCUUCAAGACCAGAAAAUCGGCCACUACAUGCACAUCCCACCGCGCGAGAUCUUCUUCUCGCAGAUUUUCGGCACGCUCAUGGGAGUCCCCAUCAACUACGCCGUCAUCCGCUGGGUCAUGGAUACGAAAGGCGACUACCUAACCGGCAAAAAGAGCGAUCCGCUCAACCAGUGGACGGGACAAAAACUCGUUACCUCCAACACGAUGGGCGUGCAAUACGCCGUCCUAGGCCCGAAGCGACUCUUCGCAGAAGCAGAGAUGGCCCCACUCCCCUGGUCUUUCCUCGUCGGAGCCGUCAUCCCGCCUAUCCUGUACGUAUUCCACCGCUUCCUCCCGAAGCUGCGAAUCGACCUGUGGAACGUGAGUAUUUUCUUCGGCGGGCUGGCCAUGUUCUAUGGUAAUGUCAGUACCGGGUACACGUCCGCUAUCAUCGGCGCGUACAUCACGAUGUACUGGGCCUACCGGCGCCACUUUGAGGUCUGGAAGCGGUAUAACUAUCUCGUUGCGGCUGCCUUUGAUGCAGGCUUUAACUUGAAUAUGUUACUUAUUUUCCUCUUUUUUGGCGCCGGAAAGCAGAUCUCAAUGUCGAAUUGGUGGGGUAAUAAUGCUGACUCGGUGGAGAGAUGUUUUGCGUUGGAGAGUUGA